AUGGAUCCGACAGAAGAUAGAAGACAUUCAAAGAGGCAAAACCACCACAUCAACAUGUUAGGGUUCGUAGCCGAUUCCGAGUACGGGAUUCCUAGAAGGUGUCCCUGUGGUGGGAGACUCAUUAACGAGGUUCGCGGGAAGGAGGACUACAACACUCUUCCUGGGAAGCGGUUCUUCACGUGCAAAAACUAUGAGGCUGAUGGGUUCCAUUAUCGUCAGCCUUGGGUGAUAGGUGUGCAGGAGGAGCUGGAGAGGCUGACUAAACGGGUGGAGGAGGCUGAGCAGGUGAUGAUGGGGGUCUCGAAUCUCACUAAACAGAUUGAGACACUUGAGAGCAGUCCACCAAUAGAUGUAGACUCUGCUGAGCCAGGUGUUAACUCUCCCAGGUUAGUUAAGCAUGCGGAAAGGAGAAAGUGGUCAACCAAAGAAGACCUUGUGUUGAUCAGUGCUUGGUUGAACACCAGCAAGGAUCCCAUAGUCAGUAAUGAACAGAAGUUGGGCUCGUUUUGGAAGCGAAUAGAGGGAUAUUUCAAUUCGAGUCCUCAGCUCAUUGGCUCUGCUCCUAGGGAGUGGGGUCAAUGUAAGCAGAGGUGGGGAAGAGUGAAUGAGCAGGUUUGUAAAUUUGUGGGAUGCCAUAAAGCGGCGUUGAAGGAGCAGGCGAGUGGCCACAGUGAGAAUGAUGUCAUGAAGGCGGCGCAUGACAUCUUCUUCAAUGACUACAAAGUCAAGUUCACACUUGAACACUGCUGGAGGGAACUGAGGUUCAAUCAGAAAUGGAGAUCAAACGCUAUCUCGAAGGAGAAAAGGAAGGAAGCUGAUGCGGAGGUGGUGCCUGAGGAGGAAGAGGUGAGGCCACCCGGUGUUAAGGCCAGCAAAGCAGCGAAGCGAAAGAAGCCAAACCAGACAGCUUUUGAUCAAAUCCAGAGCAUCCUAGCUCAGAAAAAUACCAUCUCCAAACAAAAGAUACUUGAUCGCCUCGUAGCCCAAAAAGUGGAAACACUUUCUGAUCAGGAACUUGCUCUUAAGACUAAACUCAUCUCAGAAAUGCUUUAG